AUGUUUCUAUCUAUCUAUCUGUCUAUCUAUCUCAGUCCUUUUCAUAUCUAUCUAUCUAUCUAUCUAUCUAUCUAUCUAUCUCAGUUCUUUUCAUAUCUAUCUAUCUAUCUAUCUAUCUCAGUUCUUUCAUAUCUAUCUAUCUAUCUAUCUAUCUAUCUAUCUCAGUUCUUUUCAUAUCUAUCUAUCUGUCUGUCUAUCUGUCUGUCUGUCCGUCCGUCCUUCUUUUCAUGUCUGUCUGUCUGUCUGUCUCUCUCAGUUCUUUUCAUAUCUGUCUGUCUGUCUGUCUGUCUCUCUCAGUUCUUUUCAUAUCUGUCUGUCUGUCUGUCUAUCUCUCUCAGUUCUUUUCAUAUCUGUCUGUCUGUCUAUCUCUCUCAGUUCUUUUCAUAUCUGUCUGUCUGUCUAUCUCUCUCAGUUCUUUUCAUAUCUGUCUGUCUGUCUGUCUGUCUCUCUCAGUUCUUUUCAUAUCUGUCUGUCUGUCUGUCUCUCUCAGUUCUUUUCAUAUCUGUCUGUCUGUCUCUCUCAGUUCUUUUCAUAUCUGUCUGUCUGUCUGUCUAUCUCUCUCAGUUCUUUUCAUAUCUGUCUGUCUGUCUCUCUCUCUCAGUUCUUUUCAUAUCUGUCUGUCUGUCUGUCUCUCUCAGUUCUUUUCAUAUCUGUCUGUCUGUCUAUCUCUCUCAGUUCUUUUCAUAUCUGUCUGUCUGUCUAUCUCUCUCAGUUCUUUUCAUAUCUGUCUGUCUGUCUAUCUCUCUCAGUUCUUUUCAUAUCUGUCUGUCUAUAUCUCUCAGUUCUUUUCAUAUCUGUCUAUCUAUAUCUCAGUUCUUUUCAUAUCUAUCUAUCUAUAUCUCUCUCAGUAUUUCAUAUCUAUCUAUCUAUCUAUCUCUCUCAAGUAUUUCAUAUCUAUCUAUCUAUCUAUCUAUCUCAGUCAAUUUCAUAUCUAUCUAUCUAUCUAUCUCACUCCUAUGCAACAAACUUCCACAUUAUUUUAUGUAUAUUAUUUUCUGUUCGUCUGUAUGUCGCAAUCUGUUUCUAUCUAUCUAUCUAUCUAUCCUUUUCAUAUCUAUCUAUCUAUCUAUCUCGAAAAAUUAA